AUAAUAUACGUGUUGUUUGACCCCUACUACUAUACUGUUUACGCACUGGGUCAUUUAUUCAGCAGAGGGCAAACCAGCUGUUCGUCUUGUGAAUAUUUGAGGUGUUUCGAAAACAAUUUAGAGUUGAUAAUUAUCUGCAAAGAAGACGAGACGUACCUAUAAAAGAUGUGGCGUUCUCAACCAUCGAAGUUAGCAGUAGGGGCGGGCAUUGUGGCUGCCGUGGGUGCUGUUGCGGUAACAACUUUUGUAUUGAGUAGGAGAAAACCCAACAAGCGGACCAAGAUCAUUGAAAUGAUGGACGAGUUCCAAAAGCCACAUGUACACAUGAAAGAUCCGGACAGAGUGGAGGAGCUUGUGACGCAGCUCAUCCGGGAUGGCAAGACCAAACUUUUAGUUGUGACGGACUUUGACCGAACCUUAUCCCGUUUUAAGGACAACAGUGGGAGAAAAGUGCCUACUUGCCAUGGUGUUUUAGAUAUUAGCCCAGUUCUUCCCGAGGAGUACAGACAGAAAGCUAUAGCAACGCGUGAGCAUUACUACCCUCUAGAGAUGUCCAAUACGUUAACCAAAGAAGAAAAGUAUAAACUGAUGACUGACUGGUGGACGUCAGCGCAUGAUCUUCUUGUAGAAUGCAAUCUCAACAGGAGCGACAUUGCAGAAAUGGUGCGGACUGCCAAUGUUAUACUCAGGGAGCACAGCAACGUCAUGUUUAACAUCCUGGAUUGCGCCAGUGUGCCAAUCUUGAUCUUCUCUGCAGGGAUUGGAGACAUCCUACUCGAGGUGGUCAAACAAGACGAUCUUGUCACACCAAAUGUACAAGUCAUUUCAAACUUUAUGGAAUUUAACGAAGAGGAUAAGCUAGUAGGGUUUAAAGGGGAGUUGAUUCACACGUACAACAAGCACGAAGCUGCAGUGCAUCAUCCAGAAUAUUUUGAGAGACACAGGAAACGAGAUAACAUCAUUCUACUAGGGGACACUCUCGGAGAUCUCAGCAUGGUGGAUGGGAUGCCUUACACACAGCACACUCUGAAGAUAGGAUUCUUAAACGAUCAUAUUGAACAGAACCUAGAGAUGUACAAAGACAAUUUUGACAUUGUGCUAAUCAGCGACGAAACAAUGGACCUUCCCAUCGCUAUACUGAAUAAAAUCUUGUAAUAAACCAAAGAUUUCAUCAUGGGUCAGCGAGGUACAUGUACCAGUAAUUUAAGAUGAAACAAAAUAUGAUACAAGAACUGUCUUUUGAUACUUUUUUAUAUAUAUAUUUUUUAUUCUGAAGUUGUUUAGUGUGAGCAAGCAGUAGAGUGCAAAGGACAGUUCUUAGGCCUUGCUCGAAUAGACCUUAUGCACAUGACGUCAUUUCAGUACGGCACCCCCGCAUUGAGGUCAAAAGGAGGUUGUU